UGUCCGCCUGAUCAUGUUAUCUGAAUGAUCUUUAGUAUCGAUGGACUUUAAUACCGAAAACUUGUAAUCGCCGGAGAACGCGGGUGAUGGAGGGCUCCGUUCGCUGCUCGGCAAACUACGUUCCGCUCACUCCUCUGAGCUUCCUCGAACGGGCCGCUGCUGUCUACGGUGACCGCGUCUCCAUCAUCCAAGACGAUUUGCGCUUCACUUGGAGGGAAACUCGAGAGAGAUGUCUCCGCCUCGCGUCCGCGCUUGACUGUUUGGGAAUUUCUCGUGGUGAUGUGGUUGCUGUUCUUGCCCCUAACAUUCCGUCAAUGUGUGAAUUACAUUUUGGGGUUCCCAUGACUGGUGGGAUUCUGUGCACACUCAAUACACGGCAUGAUUCAGCUAUGCUAUCAGUCCUCAUCAGACAUUCUGAAGCAAAGGUCAUCUUCGUUGAUCAUCAAUUACUAGAGGUUGGCCAAGGUGCUCUUAGACUUCUCGCCAAGGAUCAAACUAAUCUUCCUCAUCUUAUUAUACUUUCAGAGCCCGGUGAGUCUCUAUCUUCUGAAAACAACUAUGAAACUCUACUGAGGACUGCUAACUCCCAGUUUAACAUCAAAUGGCCCCUCGACGAGUGCGACCCAAUAUCUCUAAAUUAUACUUCUGGCACCACCUCUAGACCCAAAGGUGUCAUUUUCACUCACCGAGGUGCAUACCUGAAUUCAAUUGCUGCAAUCCUUUUGAAUGAUAUCACUACAAUGCCUGUUUAUCUAUGGACUGUGCCCAUGUUUCACUGCAAUGGGUGGUGUUUCAUCUGGGGUAUAGCAGCUCAGGGUGGCACUAAUGUAUGUUUGAGAAAUGUCUCAGCAAAGGGCAUAUUCAAUGGCAUUCACCUUCAUAAGGUGACCCACAUGGGUGGUGCCCCUACAGUUCUUAACAUGAUCAUCAAUGCUCCACUCAGUGACCGGAAGCCACUGCCUGGAAAAGUGACAGUGGCAACUGGUGGUGCACCUCCACCCCAAACUGUUUUGUUCCAGAUGGAAGACCUUGGCUUUCAUGUCAUCCAUUCUUAUGGUCUCACCGAGACAUAUGGACCAGCAACGGUUUGCGUGUGGAAGCCUGAUUGGGAUGCCUUACCUUCAGAGGAUCGCGCAAAACUCAAAUCACGCCAGGGACUUCAACAUCUUUGCAUCGAGGAAUUGGAUGUUAAAGACCCAGUUACAAUGAAGAGUGUACCAGCUGAUGGAAAAGCCAUAGGCGAGGUAAUGUUUAGAGGCAACACGGUCAUGGCUGGAUAUUACAAAGAUAAUGAUGAAACAAAUAAAGCUUUUGCCGGCGGAUGGUUUCGUUCCGGUGAUCUUGCUGUAAGGCAUGCUGAUGGAUAUAUUAAGCUCAAGGACAGAGCCAAGGAUAUAAUUAUCUCUGGUGGGGAAAACAUCAGCACAGUAGAGGUGGAAUCAGUGCUUUUCAGCCACCCAGCUGUACUCGAAGCAGCUGUGGUUGGCCGGCCCGAUGACUACUGGGGGGAGACGCCUUGCGCCUUCGUCAAGUUGAAGGAUGGUGCCCGUGCAAGCAGUGAAGAGAUAAUCAUUUUCUGUCGUGCUAAUUUGCCACAUUAUAUGGCGCCCCGAACAGUCAUCUUUGAGGACCUUCCGAAAACGUCGACUGGUAAGGUGGAGAAAUUUGUUCUUAGGGAGAAGGUGAAGGCAUUGGGCUCUCAUUUUCGGACAAGUGGAAGUAAGCUCUGAUCUGCUAUGUUCACCUGAUUAAUUGUUUAUGCUUGCUCUUGAUUGAUGUGCUGUUUAGUGAUAUUCCCUCAACAUUGUCAAACUUUAUGAACAAAGCAUUCGAUUGGUCGCUCUAUGCUAUUAUUAGCAGUGAAAGUUGGAGGAAAGCAUUGAGCUCGUAUUAAGCGUUUGUAGAAGAACUAAACUUCUGCUUUAUCAUUCAAAUGGGAAAGGAUAUAUAUUUUCUAUGUUAGUCAUUACUCAUUGCUCUAGUGUGUGAACUUAUUAUUUUGAUAGUCACAUGACCUGUUUUAAACAUGCGAGUCACAUGUUCCUUCUAUAAUGCAAUGACCGAGUUAACUCGCUGUGAUGUUUCGGCGUAAAACUACAAAGAUUAGCUCAGGAUUACAGCCGAUUGAACUAAAGCUGAAGGGCCCUUAAGCUUAAUUACUUUAUCAUUGAGCAAUACAAGUAAUUAC